AUGUUUCUGUCCAAUUCUUUCUCUUCAUUCCAAUCAGACCUGGCAGAGAGUGACCUGGCAUAUACUCGAGCCAUAAUGGGCAGCGGAAAAGAAGACUACACUGGGAAAGAAGUGCUAAUCCUUGGAGGUGGUGAUGGGGGUAUACUAUACGAGAUAGUCAAACUGAAGCCAAAGAUGGUCACUAUGGUAGAGAUUGACCAAAUGGUGAUUGACGGGUGUAAAAAAUACAUGCGUAAAACAUGUGGAGAUGUCUUAGACAAUCUGAAAGGAGAGUGCUAUCAGGUUCUAAUUGAAGACUGUAUUCCCGUACUGAAGAGGUAUGCCAAAGAAGGAAGAAUGUUUGAUUAUGUAAUUAAUGAUCUGACAGCUGUUCCAAUCUCCACAUCUCCAGAAGAAGAUUCCACAUGGGAGUUUCUGCGAUUGAUUCUUGAUCUCUCAAUGAAAGUCUUGAAACAAGAUGGAAAAUAUUUCACACAGGGAAACUGUAUCAAUCUGACCGAUGCCUUGACUCUGUAUGAAGAACAGCUCAGCAGGCUCUAUUGUCCUGUGGAAUUUUCAAAAGAAAUCGUAUGCGUUCCCUCCUACAUGGAAUUAUGGGUAUUCUACACAAUUUGGAAGAAACAAGUGGAAGUUUGAAUAUCAAGGUUAUUCAAGAUUACCCGAAGCAUACAUGCUGCAUGGAGCAUAUAGGCCUGCCGCGUGCUGCAUAUUGGCAUCUUGAAACUUUAAAUUAUAUGCUGUAGAUGAUCCUGAAACUUAGUCAUGCUAUUGAUUGUGAAUUCUUUAAAUGUUUUUAUUAUUAUUUUAAUUUAAAAGGAAAUGGAAAAUGUAUAUUUUGAUGAGCUAGGGUGUUAUUUUUGAAAGUCAACGUAAAGAUGAAUAAGCAGCAAAACUAUAUAGCUGCUGAAUGCACUGAACCUUUAGAAUGUGAUCCUUUUUAUUUUUUUGUAGAACUUCACAAGCUGAUUGAUUAAAAAAAGACAUCUUUAGCCUUUCAUCCCAAAGGGUGGUCCAUGGAGUUUUUGUUUGCUGUUUCAUUUUCCCAUCAGAUUUUAACUGGUGCUUUUCAGGGAUAGAGGGGUGGUUCUUUUUUUUUUGUUUGUAGUUUGAAAAUAAACAUUGCAAUGCUUCCAUAUAGAAAAGAA